AUGGAUAUUGCAUUAGAAAAGAAACUCUCAGGAUUCAAGCAGAUUGCUCUAGAAAAACUCGAAAACAUUCUCCUUACUAUCCUUGGAAAGAAAGAUUUGGUGAUAUCACCUGAUCUAAUAAGAAUCUUAGAUUCCUUUGCAAAUAUGACUUGGUUAAAAUCAAAAGGAUUUGAUCGGAUAUUUAAGCUAUCAUCAUCACCACCACCUAAAACAAAGGUUCUUGUGUUCAUGAUUCAAGCUGAUCUUAUAACUUUCAAAUAUGUCUGCGAUCAAAUUAGUUUUCUCAAAGAUAAACAUUCAAGUUUUGAUCCGGGAGAAGUUUUAAAGGAUUUCCAUAUUAUUGUCAUUCCAAAUUUAUUUUUUACAUUCCAAAAUCUUUUAGAAACAGAAGGACUUCAUGGAAUUGUUGAACUUCAUAGAUUUUCAUGGGAUUUUAUAAAAAUUGAUCGAAAUUUGUUAUCUUUGGAAUUACCACAAGUAUUUAAAGAAGUUUUUGUUCGAAAUGAUAAAAGUCUUCUCAGCUCAAUUGCGUCAUCCUUAAGAAUUUUUAACAUUGUUCAUGGUAGACCAAAAUUCAUUGUCAGCUAUGGGGAAAAUUCUGACAAAAUUCUUUCAAUGGUAAGUCGAAUGGAAAGUAUGAGAAAAAGUUCAGCAAAAGAAAAACAAGAUUUUCCUGAUUUUCAUGCAAUGAUUGUGAUGGAUCGCAACAAAGAUUUCCCAUCAUGUUUACUCACACCUGUCACUUACUCUGGUUUAAUGGUUGAGCUUUUCGAAACGAAAGCUGGAAUUCUUUCGAUCGAAAAUGAAAGCAACAAAAAUAAAAGUGGAAAAAUUAACAUUUUAAAUGUUGAGAAAGAUCAAAUGAACGAUGAAAAAGAUAUUAAGACUUUGAGAAUGUGUGGCAAUUCUGAUGAAAUUUAUACCACAAACAAAUAUCGUCACUUUUCCGAAGUCGUCAAUCUCAUCAAAUGGGAAUCAAAGAAUCUAGAAGGUGAAAAAAAUAAGUACUCAAGAGACAUGAAUAUUGAACAGAUGAAAGAAUUUGUUGAAAAAAAUCUCCCAAAAGUAGCAGCCCAAAAGAAAAUUCUUUACAAACAUCUCGUAAUUUGUGAAAAAAUUGUUCAAGAAAUGAGUGGAAAUUUUGAAAGACAACAAAAUAUUGAAGAUACAAUCUUAAGAAAUGAUAACAAAAAGCAAAUACUGAACUACAUUCAUGAACAACUUUACACCAACGCUCAUCAAUAUAACAUUUUAUGUUUGAUUUGUUUACUUCACAUAUGCGUGGGUGGAUUGAGUAGUGAUGAAGUUAACAAGUUUGUAGGCGGUUAUUUGAAUACUUUCGGACACAAGCAUCUAGAAAUGUUUCAAGGACUAAUGAAAGCUAAACUUUUUCCUGACAUCAAUCAAGUGUCUUCAAAGAACCUCAUUGGUAUUGCUCAAUCGACAAUUCCAAAGAAAACUCAAUUUCAAAUUCAUGCUGGGAAAUUAAAAAUGAUUCCUGGUGAUGAAAUUGGUUCUACUGCUGGUCCUCCUAUGGCAUGUCCUAGUUAUGUAUUCAAUGGAAAUUUUAUUCCACUUGUAGUGCAAUUAGCGAGUGCUCUUCUUCAAGCAAAAGAUGCAACAGAACUUUUAUCUAAAGUAGGACAUCUCGAGCAGUUAAAACUAACAGGAAGUUUCAUUGGCGACGAUUUGGAGCCAUUUAAAGAUGCCGUUCUUUCAAAUCUUAAAAUUCUCCCAAUCAAACCUAGAACACUUUUCAUAUUUAUUGUUGGCGGUGUGACUUAUGCUGAAACUGCUGCAUGUAGUUUAAUUGAAUCACUUACUGGCUCCACAAUAGUUUUAGCGUCAGAUCAAAUUACAAGUGGAAUUGAUUUGAUGAAAGCUGCAAGUUGAUUUCUUAUUUAAAGAAGUUUCUUAAGAUAUUUGAAAUGCUAUCAUACUUAAACAUAUCAAAAGCUAAUAAAGCUAAUGUUGACCCAUGAAAAAUUAAUUAAAGUAAUAAAUAAUGACAAGAGAAAAAGCCUUUAAUA